AUGGUGAACGUUUUCAACGUGCAAAUUUUCUUCGUGGUGUUCAGAGAAACAUUGGAAGCAGUGGUUGUUGUUUCCGUCCUUUUGGCUUUCUUGAAGCAAGGUCUUGGUGGAGCAGCUGACGAUCCUCUUGUUUUCAAGAAAUUAAAUCGACAGGUUUGGGUCGGGGCGAUUCUAGGAGUGGUGCUAUGUUUGAUUAUUGGUUGUGCGUUUAUUGGUGCUUUUUACUCGUUGGGUAAAGAUAUCUGGGCCAAGUCUGAAGAUUUGUGGGAAGGUAUCUUCUGUAUCAUCGCAACUGUUUUGAUCUCGUUGAUGGGUCUCGCCAUGCUUAGAAUUAACAAGAUGAAGGAGAAGUGGAGAAUCAAGUUGGCUAAAGCCAUUAUCCAAGAGAAGGGCAGUGGUCCUUUGGGUUUUGGUGGCUUCACUAAGAAGUAUGCCAUGUUCAUUUUACCAUUUAUUACAACUUUGAGAGAAGGUUUGGAGGCCGUUGUCUUCGUUGGAGGUGUUGGUUUGAACCAACCUGCUUCCUCUUUCCCAAUUCCUGUGAUUUGUGGUUUGAUUGCUGGAAUCUUUGUUGGUGUUCUUUUGUACUACUCCGGUUCUACCAUGUCGUUGCAAAUUUUCUUGGUCAUCUCCACCUGUAUUUUGUACUUGAUUGCUGCUGGUUUGUUCUCCAGAGGUGUCUGGUUCUUUGAAACUUACAGAUACAACAAGAAGACCGGUGGUGAUGCUUCUGAAAAUGGUUCUGGUCCAGGUACUUAUGACAUCUCCAAAUCCGUGUGGCACGUAAACUGCUGCAAUCCUGAAACAGACAAUGGUUGGGACGUUUUCAACUCUUUGUUGGGCUGGCAAAACUCUGCCACUUACGGUUCAGUCAUUUCCUACAACGUGUACUGGUUGGCGGUCAUUUUUGCUGUUUACUUGUUGUGGUUUGAGGAAACUCGUGGACACUUGCCAUUCAUGAAGAACCUCACUAUGGCUGAAUUGAACCCUAUGUACCACAUCAAGGGUAAGAAGAAGAACAAUUUGUCUAAGAGCGAACAAAAGGAAUUGUUCGAAAAGGUCAAGAACAAGAGACUUGGGGCUGAGGACGAUAGCUCCGAUUCUGUCACCCAAAAGAAUGAGUCGGUGACUGCUGAGAAAGCGUCUUAA